GGAGGGACGGCCCGCCGCGCCCCGGAAGCGGCGGGGAGGCCGCCAUGGGCCGGGCGGUGAGCGUGGCCACCUGCGCCCUCAACCAGUGGGCCCUGGAUUUUGAGGGCAACCUGGAGAGGAUUUUCAGAAGUAUCGACAUCGCAAAGAGGCGAGGAGCCCGGUACCGGCUCGGUCCAGAGCUCGAAAUCUGUGGUUACGGCUGCUCGGAUCACUAUUACGAGUCUGACACGCUCUUGCAUUCGUUUCAAGUUCUGGCAAAGCUUUUGGAGUCUCCAGCAACUCAAGAUAUUAUCUGUGAUGUGGGAAUGCCUGUUCUGCACAGAAAUGUUCGCUACAAUUGUCGAGUGAUCUUUCUAAAUAAGAAAAUUCUUCUGAUCAGACCAAAAAUAUCACUGGCAAAUGCAGGAAACUACAGGGAACUUAGAUGGUUUACCCCAUGGAGCAAAGCAAGGCAUGUGGAGGAGUAUUUUCUACCCAGAAUAAUUCAGGAAGUGACCGGACAGGAAACUGUUCCUUUUGGGGAUGCAGUGCUAGCAACCAAAGAUACCUGCCUAGGGACAGAAAUAUGUGAAGAACUCUGGGCACCAAACAGCCCUCAUAUUGAAAUGGGACUUGAUGGCGUGGAAAUUUUCACUAACUCUUCAGGGAGUCAUCAUGUGCUGCGGAAGGCUCACACCCGGGUGGAUUUGGUGAAUUCUGCCACAGCAAAGAAUGGUGGAAUAUAUAUUUUAGCUAACCAGAAAGGCUGUGAUGGCGAUCGUCUGUAUUAUGAUGGCUGUGCCAUGAUUUCAAUGAAUGGAGAAACAGUUGCACAAGGAUCCCAGUUUUCACUCGAUGAUGUGGAGGUGCUGGUUGCCACGCUGGACUUGGAGGACGUUCGAAGUUACAGAGCAGAGAUUUCAUCUCGUAACUUAGCGGCAAGUAAAGUGACUCCUUAUCCCAGGGUAAAAGUGAAUUUUGCUCUGUCAUGUUCUGAUGAUGUAGCUGUACCUACUUGUAUGCCAAUCCAGUGGAGACAUCAUAGUCCUGAGGAGGAGAUCAGCCUUGGUCCUGCAUGUUGGCUUUGGGACUAUUUAAGGCGCAGCAAACAGGCAGGAUUUCUCCUACCUCUUAGUGGUGGAAUUGACAGCUCUGCUACAGCUUGCAUAGUAUACUCUAUGUGUCACCAGGUUUGCCUGGCAGUCAAGAAUGGAAAUGCGGAUGUGCUGGCUGAUGCGCGCAAGAUUGUAAAUGAUGAGACCUAUGUCCCUGAGGAUCCUCGAGAAUUUUGCAAGCGUAUCUUUACCACUUGCUAUAUGGCUAGUGAGAACUCCUCCCAGGAUACUUGCAACAGGGCUAAACUUCUGGCUGAGCAAAUAGGCAGCUAUCACAUCAAUCUGAACAUAGAUGCGGCUGUGAAAGCUAUUGUGGGAAUUUUCAGCAUGGUGACAGGUCGAACUCCCUGUUUUUCUGUCUACGGAGGGAGCAGCAGAGAAAACCUGGCACUCCAGAAUGUGCAGGCUAGAAUAAGAAUGGUCCUUGCCUACCUGUUUGCUCAGCUGACACUGUGGACUCGUGGGAUGCCAGGGGGACUUCUCGUGCUAGGAUCAGCCAAUGUGGAUGAAAGUCUCCGAGGUUACUUGACAAAGUAUGAUUGCUCAAGUGCUGAUAUCAAUCCCAUUGGUGGAAUCAGCAAGACUGAUCUGAAGAACUUCAUACAAUACUGCAUUGAAAAUUUUCAGCUCACGGCCCUCAGAAGUAUCAUGUCAGCUCCACCCACUGCGGAGUUAGAGCCCCUGGUGGAUGGACAAGUGGCUCAAACUGAUGAGGCAGAUAUGGGGAUGACAUAUGCAGAGCUCUCAAUCUAUGGCAAAUUAAGAAAAAUUGCAAAGGCUGGACCGUACAGUAUGUUCUGUAAGCUGAUUAAUAUGUGGAAGGAAAUUUGUACUCCAAGAGAGGUGGCAUCAAAGGUUAAGCAUUUCUUCAGGAUGUAUUCUAUUAACAGACAUAAAAUGACCACCCUGACUCCUUCCUACCAUGCUGAAAACUACAGUCCAGAUGACAACCGAUUUGACCUGAGGCCUUUCCUUUAUAACACCACAUGGUCCUGGCAAUUUAGGUGUAUAGAUAAACAGGUAUCCAAGCUAGAAAAAAAGGAAGGAAUUUCUGUAGUUGAAGACAUGGACUGAUCUGCUGUCUUGUUUAACUGCGGUAAUUAAUUUGCUAAGCAGAAUGUUCAAAACUGGAGUAUACUGUGAUGAUGAGCAGAGAUGACCCAAACAAUUGUUGAGAUGACCAUUGUAAAUGGUAUUUGUAAUCAGGUCCUUUUUUUUUUUUUUUUUUUUUUUAUUGACUCCAUUUUGUUCCCAAUAUACUUAACCCAUAGUUUGGCUAAGGAAUCAUUUAUUAAGAAUUUUCUUCAACUACUGGAGUUAAUUGCCUUUAAUUGCAAAUAUUUGGAUAAGCCCAUCAAUCAUAAAUAAAUGCAGGAUAGUCUUUUGUGAAAGUGAAUACACAUACAAAUAUUAAGUUUGGUUUUAGUAAUUUGGUUAUGAUUUUUGAGUAACAUUCAGCUGAAAGUAUUAAAUUUUAACAGUUCUGGCAUGUGCUGUUGAGAGGAAAAACUCAUUUUACUUUGCAAUAAACUUGUAAUUUUAUAAUGCUAAUUGACUCAGUUCUUAUUUUAAAUGUUUUUAUUUAUCUAGCAUUGGCUGUGUAGACUGGUCCGGUGUUUUGAAUGGCCACGUAAGGUCUAAUUCAGCAGAUAUUGGAAGCAUGUCUAACUUGAAGCAGAUGGGUAGUCUCCUUGUUAGCUGGAUCCAAAUUAGAGUUCAGCUUCUUGUUUUUGCAUCUACUUGCUGUGUAACUUGUGGCAAUUAACUUUAAAAUCUCUGGCUUAAUUUUCUCAGAGAGGAGUAAUACCUACUUCAUCAGGGUGUUCAGGGAUUGUCUGAUUGUUAUUGCUCUCCAAGAUCCUCAGCUGUAUUUUAAGGAUUUUGAAUAAAGUUCGCAUGCUAUCUUUUCCCUCCUGGCAUUUUUGAUGUGUAAGGGUAACUUGGCGUACCCGAUAUAAAAAAUGUCUUCUGGUGCAUGGUGUCUUGAAUAGAGAGGACACGAGUUUGGUAUCCAUGCCACUGUUGUCAUUCCUAUAUGCUCUGGUGCUGCCUGUCCAGGAGCUGUGAUCCGUUAUCACUGACCAUGCCAUCAGUGAGUGGUUGGACUUGCCCACGUAAUCCCUUUACUGUUCAAUCAAGCUCGCUGGGUGUAAAACAUCUGGGAAUGGAGUGAGUAUUGCAGAAUGAAGUAUAAAGCCAGCUUCCUUUGAGCUCAAUUAGUUUGUUACCCACCUUUCACCUACUGCUUGCAAAAAGUUAUUUUAACUUCACUGAUCUUUUAAAUGUGUCCAGUGCUGUGGAACAAUAAAAAGGGUACAAGGAUAGGCUUGUUCCUUCA